AUGUUCGGAAAAGCAGGAGAGUAUAUCCUCACAGAAGAAUACACCUUUGCUGCAUUUCUGGAAACCGCUAUUCCACUAGGGUAUCGAUUUUGUGGCAUAAAAAUGGACCAGCACGGCAUUCUUCAAGAAGAUCUCGAUCAUGUUCUAUCCAACUGGGAUGAGGCCGCUAGAGGAGCAAAGAAGCCUACUCUACUAUACACAAUUCCUACUGGUCAAAACCCCUCAGGGGCCACAGCUCCUAUUCAAAGGCGUCGAGAGAUCUAUGAGGUAGCUCGGUGUCACAACCUCUAUAUCCUCGAGGAUGACCCUUAUUACUACAUCCAGCUUCCCCCAUAUGUAGACGGUGAGGACAUCGAGCCAGUUCCCGAUCCCAAAACUGUGGAAGAAUUUCGGGAUUCCCUCAUUCCAACGUAUCUGAGCUUGGACACAGACGGCCGUGUUUUCCGAAUGGAUUCGUUUUCCAAAAUCAUUGCCCCUGGUGUCCGCAUGGGGUGGGUGGUCGCCUCGGACCAGGUUGUGGAAAGAAUGACAAGAGCUCAUGAGGUCUCCGUCCAGAAUCCGAGUGGCUUCUCUCAGAUUGCAGUAUUCAAAUUACUCCACGAUAGCUGGGGACAACUAGGUUUGGCAAAGUGGCUGACAUAUCUCCGACAUGAAUACACCAAACGUCGCAACGUCAUGUACGGAGCCUGCGCAAAGUACUUGCCCGAUGACUUGGUCGGAUGGGAGCCACCCAGAGCUGGGUUUUUUGGUUGGGUUUCCAUCAACUGGAGGGAACAUCCUGAUGCAACUCAUCUUUCGCCAAAAGAAAUCGAAAAGCAGAUAUGGGAUGCCGCAAUCGACAACAAGACAUUGAUAACGCCGGGAAGCUGGUUUCUACCAGAUCAAGGCAGACAUGGUAUGAAUAAGGUUUUCUUCCGAAUGACUUUCGCAGCCUGCUCGCCGGAAACAAUGACCGAAGGCAUCCGAAAUCUAGGCGUUGCAAUUAGGAAAGUCUUUGGCAAAGAAUGA